CGCGAGAUGUGGCCAUGUGGAGGCAGUAGUAAGUCAGGCCUAGCUUGACCACUGACUGCAGGGGAGAUCUGAGCCGCUGAGCUGCUGUCUGACUCUGCCCAGAUCGAAGAUGGCGGUGUCGGUGUUCUCAGGCGUGCGCCUCCUCUCCAUCGGAGACGCCAACGGAGACAUACAGCGGCAUUCAGAGCAGCAGCCUCUGCGGCUAGAAAUCAAAAUCAACCAGGACGUGGCUCUCAUAAGCCUCUCGAACAAUGAGGAAACGUGUGUCUUCAAGUGUUCAGUAUCACGAGAGACCGAAUGCAGUCGUGUUGGGAAGCAGUCCUUCAUCAUUACUCUGGGCUGUAACAGUGUCCUUCUGCAGUUUGCAUCUCCAGCAGAUUUCUCGUCGUUCUAUAACCUCCUGAAGAAUUGCCGUGGACAUGGGGGUGAACACUCUGUCUUCAGUGAGAGGACGGAGGAGUCCUCAGCUGUACAGUAUUUUCAGUUUUAUGGCUACCUCUCUCAGCAACAAAACAUGAUGCAGGAUUACGUGCGAACUGGAACAUAUCAACGGGCCAUCCUCCAGAAUCAUACUGACUUCAAGGAUAAAGUGGUGCUGGAUGUUGGCUGUGGCUCUGGGAUUCUGUCAUUUUUCGCAGCUCAGGCUGGUGCUCGUAAAGUGUAUGCUGUGGAGGCCAGCACCAUGGCUCAACAUGCAGAGGUUCUCGUAAAUAGUAACAGGCUCUCAGAGCGUGUUGUGGUGAUUCCUGGGAAAGUAGAGGAAGUGUCCCUACCCGAGCAGGUGGACAUAAUCAUCUCUGAACCCAUGGGCUAUAUGCUGUUCAACGAAAGGAUGCUGGAGAGCUACCUGCAUGCCAAAAAAUUCCUCAAGCCCAACGGCAAAAUGUUUCCCACAAUCGGAGAUGUGCACCUCGCCCCUUUCACAGAUGAGCAGCUUUACAUGGAGCAGUUUACAAAGGCCAAUUUCUGGUACCAGCCGUCUUUCCAUGGGGUGGAUCUGUCUGCGCUGAGAGGAGCCGCAGUAGACGAAUACUUCAGACAGCCGAUUGUGGACACGUUCGAUAUCAGGAUCCUGAUGGCCAAAUCGGUGAAAUAUACAGUCAACUUUUUAGAAGCUAAAGAAGAGGAUCUUUACAAGAUAGAAAUCCCUUUCAAAUUCCACAUGAUGCAUUCAGGGCUUGUACAUGGGCUAGCUUUUUGGUUUGAUGUCGCAUUCAUUGGAUCAGUGAUGACGGUGUGGCUAUCCACGGCCCCCACAGAACCCCUCACCCACUGGUACCAGGUGCGCUGUCUGCUGCAGUCUCCCCUCUUUGCCAAGGCAGGGGACACGAUGUCAGGCACUGCACUUUUAAUCGCCAACAAGAGACAAAGCUAUGACAUUAGUAUUGUUGCUCAAGUGGACCAGACAGGCUCCAAGUCCAGCAAUCUACUUGACCUCAAGAACCCCUUCUUCCGGUACACGGGCACGACACCGGCCCCUCCUCCAGGCUCACACUAUUCUUCUCCGUCAGAGAACAUGUGGAACACUGGAGGAACCUACAGCAUGAGCCAGGGCAUGUCUGUGUCAGGGAUGCCUGCAGCCUAUGAUCUCAGUACUGUCAUUGGUGGCAGUGGGACUACGGUGUCCCACAACAAUCUCAUCCCCAUUGGUACAGACACGCAUGCACUGAACACAGGGAUUGUGAAUCACACUCACUCCAGAAUGGGUUCUAUAAUGAGCACCGGAAUCGUCCAGGGGGCCACAACUGCCCAGCAGGGUCCCAGCAGCAGCAGUCCCUAUUACCCCGUCACCAACCAGUUCACCAUGGGCGGCCCGGCUAUCUCCAUGGCAUCCCCUAUGGCCAUCCCCAGCAACACCAUGCACUACGGGAGCUAAGGCCAAAGGACGGCCUUUGCAUGUCCAGUUACCCCCUCCCUCCUCUAACCACCCUACCCCCCCACCCCCAGCCCCUGCAAACUGACCGCAGCCAAAUUCAGAAUACCAAAACCAAUGCACCAGUCUCUGACCAUCACUUUAUAGCCUCUCUCUCUAUAUAUAAAUAUACAUGUAUACGUAUGUAUAUAUAUAUUCUAAACUGUUUCUCUCACUGGUGUUUUAUUCUUACAUAUCCGUCCCGCGACCCAAUAGCGUUAACAUGUGCAGGCAUUCGGCCGGUUCAACACGCCUGAGGUGUAUCAUUGUUAACCCUCACCCCCCCUUUCCCACCUCAAUCACAGCGCCUGCUCCACAACCAGCCACUGGGAGGCAGCACUUGUCUGUAAGCAUGCUGAAAAAGCACAAACCAGAGACUCAAUGAAAAGGACUCUUUCGGAAGAACGCUGACAACGGGACUUUUUUUUUUUUUUUUUUUAUAAAUGCUUUACAAAUGUGCACAUGUUUGCCCUUACUUUAUGAACUCCCACUUCUUUCUUUUUUUUUUUUUUUUAGCCACAUAAAUGCCAUCAUUGACUAUUGAUAUGAAUUGGAGAUCUAUUGCAGGAUCUUUCCACUGUUCCUAACAGCUCCGACUCUGUUAAACUUUUUUUUUUUUUUUUUUCGUUUUCGGUGAGAUCGACCGGCUGUCGCAUCUCCAUUCUCUCAGCAUGGGCUUCUGCCGGGCCAUCUCCAUGUUCACAAACCUCUCAUCGCUGGCCAGAAGAAACGGACACAUGCUCACAAAGCUCAUCACGACUACUAGCGCAGCGCCGCUGGAUCCUGCCUGUAGACAACCAUAGUGUAGAUAGAGAUCGUCUUACUUUCAUUCCAGUGACUGUGUGUUUUAAUGUAGUGCAGUCCCAGAUUUAUGUGUCGCUUGGUGUUCUCUGAGGUGAAUUCUGAGCAUGGAUUAUCCAGACUGCUUCUGUCGGCCUCCGACUCCAUAUCGGCGCUGAUCUGACUUGUAAAUUUGGAGGAUUCAUUGUUAGUCAAUUAUAAGGACACAGAGGUUUUAGGAAUAAGAAUAUCAGCACCAAAACCCUCCUUUAUCAGGCAAGGAGGACGGCGGAGUGCUGGGAAGGACAGUCUGCACUGGGGGGAGGAAGACCGAUGGAUGAACGACAUAAACAGUGAGGUCCGCACUGGACACGCACUGACCACUGCAGCAGGAAUUGCAGUAUCCUAGUUUACACCCCCCUCCAGAACCCUUAUCUUGUCAAGUUCUGUGUUUUGAGACCUGUUGAGGAAAGGAGGAGAUCAAGUGAUGCCAGACUAGCUAUAAUUUUCCUCCCCCCUCUCUCUCUCUCUCUCUCUCUCUCUCUCUCCUCCUCUCCUUCACCGGGGAUAUGAUAAUAGCCCCAUCAAAGACUAUGAAGUCGUAUGCACCGCUUCCAGUCACCUUUUUUCUUCGGUUAAUUCAGUUUGAUUUAGCAACGAUCAUGAGAUGAAAACAACCAUGUCUGCUAGUUUGUAGAAUUAACUUUUUUUUUUUUUUUUUUUUCACAAAAAAAAGCAACAGACAAAAAAAAGGAGCAAAUUAAAUGUUGAUGGAGAAGUCCCUAA